UUCAAGUUCAAGUGGACACAAAUAUGUGUAUUACAAACAUCUGCGGAAUACGCGGAGAUUAUUUAAACAAUAUUGCAUUUCGAGUGUGUUGUUUAUAGGUAUUAUCAUGUUAUAAAGGUACCAAAUAAAAUGAACGAGCCAUCAACGUCGUUUGUGCCGCUGGCAACAAACGAGAAGAAACUUCGUUUCCGACCACAGGCCAAAGUGUUAUUCUCAAAUGAGAGCCAAGUGGAAGAUUUAUUUAAAACUGAUAAGAAUGAUAAGACUGAUGAAGUGGAUUCACCCAAAAAAUGCAAAAGUCCCUCAUUGUUUUCAUUCCUACAAGUUGAGCUAACCAGAGGUUAUGCACUUGAAAAUGACGAGGAGCGGUAUUCGGCGCGCCGUGAAAAAGUAUAUUCUUUCAUGAAAAUUCCAAGAGAAGUCGAGAAAUUCAUGACAUAUGGAUUUAUGCAGUGUGCUGAUUCAUUUCUUUUUGUGUACACCUUUUUGCCACUUAGGGUGUUACUAGCAUUAUGGGCACUGUUUACCAGACCAUUUGCAAAGUGUUUUGGGCAAAGAAAUCCAAACAAAACACUUCUAUCACCAGCAGAAAUUUGUGAUCUAUUGAAAGCAGUCAUUUUAGUCAUGUGCACUGUGUUGAUGUUCUACAUAGACACCAACAUGAUGUACCAUUUAAUUAAGAGUCAGUCAGUUAUUAAGCUAUACAUAUUUUAUAAUAUGCUGGAGGUGGGCGAUCGCUUGUUUUCGGCGUUUGGGCAGGAUACAAUUGAUGCGCUGUUUUGGACGGCGACAGAACCAAGAGAUAGACGUCGUGAGCAUCUUGGUGUAAUUCCCCAUCUUAUAUUUGCUAUUGUCUAUGUCUUUUUACAUGCAUUAUUGGUGCUGUGCCAAGCUACAACGUUGAAUGUUGCGAUCAAUUCGAAUAAUAAGGCCUUACUUACGAUUAUGAUGUCAAAUAACUUUGUGGAAUUGAAAGGCAGCGUUUUUAAGAAAUUUGACAAGAACAACUUGUUCCAAGUGUCAUGCAGUGAUGUCCGCGAGCGUUUUCAUUUGGUGACUCUUCUUUUCAUUGUGGUGCUGCAAACAAUGAAGGAGUACUCAUGGAAAUCCGAUAGGUUUUGGGUACUUUUACCAGACUGCAUUAUCGUAUUAACUGCGGAGAUCUUCGUCGACUGGAUUAAACAUGCGUUUAUUACACGGUUUAAUGAGUUACAAGUUGAUGUCUAUAGAGAUUAUACGACUAGUUUGGCGUAUGAUAUGGCUCAAACACGUCAGAAGCAUGCAUUCUCAGAUCAUUCGGAUUUGGUUGCACGAAGAAUGGGAUUCAUCCCGCUGCCAUUGGGCGUUGUGAUGAUGCGCGUGCUUGGCCAUGCCCUACACAUUAACGAUUUAGCAUCUGUAAUUAUCAGUUUUGUGGCGUUUAUGUGCAUGGGUGCAAUGAGAGUACUCAACAGUGUUCUCAUACUGGGCUUGGCUUGUUAUCUGAUAACACAGCACAAACAAGAGAAAGCAUCAUCGCAGUCUCCGUCUACAAACAGGUCGAAUAGUCCUCUGCCUACAAAUAAAGGGCCUCCAAAAGAUUGGCUUCGGGACACUGCAACGAGUCCGACGAAGCCUAUCCUGGAUAUGCCGAUAUUGACUCAACCUGUUUCUAAUGGCGUCGAGGGUAAAAAGUCACUGAACAGUGAACUUGGUCCUGCAAUUUUUGCUAAUAGCACGGUGGAUUUAAAAAAUGUUACACUGAAUGAAGAACUUUUGAAGGUGGAAAUAGAAGACGUACGUGUGGAUAAUAUAGAUGAUAUUUUUGCUCGUAACGACGUGAGCGUCAAAAGUCAGGAAAUAGUGAUGAAGAAACGAGCUGAGUCCGAACCUAAUUUAACUAAUUGCACUGAUGAAGAGGAAUAAUUAUUAUUGUAGUAGGUUGAACUGUACUUGGAUUGUUAUUAGUUAUUUUUUUAUUUUUACGCGUAUUUUUAUACAUACAUGUAAAUACUUUUGAUACGAUAUAUCACUAUUAUAUUGUUUUGUUUGCAAUCUGAACGUUUGAAUAAAUCGUAAUGUUACUA